GUUUCAGUCUGAUAGCCCUGCUCGCACAGACGACAGCAGCACCCCCUCCUUCUCUCCCACUUGCACAGAAAUACCAUCACGACCCAAUUUGUUUGCUUCCCAGAGGAGAGGAAACCCCUGCCAGCGACUGGACAGGUACUCUUAAUGCUUCGCCUCGGGACUCACACCUCAUCAUCCCCACUCAAUGUCACCCUGCAGUCCUUCGCCUUCCGAGCCUUAGAACCACGGACCGUCAUCUAUUAUCACCUCGUUUUUCAUCUGCGACUCACCAACCAGCGCCCCACGUCACUUCUCUCCAGCCCAACAUGAGAAAGGGACUCCAGGCCAGCCAGGCUGCUCACACAGGGCAGUGGGACGAGCAGAGGCAUCACGAGCAGCGGCUGGGGAGGGCAGAGAAAAAGUUAGCAGCCUUCUGGUUGUCCUUGUCGCAGAGGACGUGGACGUUUUUCAGGCCCCGCGGCGGCAAAUGCACCGGCUGCUUCCAGCGGAGCUCCUCGGCAGCUCGCCUACUGAAGAGCGAAGCGUGAGGAGUGUGUGUGUGAGUGUUUGUGUCUGUCUGUCAGCAGCGGGUGUCAGAAGAGUCCUGGCAGACACCCCUAUCUGGAGGACCCAUAUCUGCGUGUGUAUGUGACCUCCAUCCCAGAGGUCAAAGGCAGUCUAUGUCGUUCUUCAGCCUUCUCCACCAUUGGCAUUCUUUCUUGGUUGUGUUAUCUUAGCAACGUUGACUAAAGAUGGAAGGACAAGCUGUCAUUCUAAUGUCAUUCUCAUUCAGAAGGACAAACAAACUGUCAUUCUAAAGCCCCUGAAAUACGUUGAGCCCAGUGGAUUGGUUGAAGAGCGUUUGGCGAUUUUCUGCUGUCGACUGGAAGGAAUCUCCCCAUUCACUAAACUAAACUAUCAAAGAGGAGACCAUACCACAGAGAAGAUAUUAGUGGUGGAGAUUGGUGUGAAAAAGGGCAGCUGUCACUCCCUUAACCCCUACUGGGGACUUUCCAGAUGGGGUAACUGCGACCUGCGGAGACCAUGGUGGUCACCCAUUUAGAGCUAGAGCUGUGCUACCAGGGGAAGAAGCUGAGGGGCUUCACCUGUAAGCUAACCCGCUCCCCCCAUGGCUAUCUGCCUGAGAGUGCCUGGCUCAUCUUGGCUCAGAUCCUACUGCCCUACCUGGUGGCCGGCCUGGGCAUGGUGGCAGCAGGCAUAGUCAUGGACUUGGUUCAACAUUGGGAAGUGUUUAAGGAGAUCACAGAGGUGUUUAUCUUGGUGCCAGCCCUGGUGGGACUGAAAGGCAACCUGGAGAUGACACUGGCAUCCAGACUGUCUACAGCAGCGAAUACUGGGCAGCUGGAUGAUCCAAAGCAGCAGUGGAGGAUAGUGUGUAGCAACCUGGCUCUCAUUCAGGUCCAGGCCACAGUGGUGGGUUUCCUGGCUGCGGUAGCUGCAGUGGGUUUGGGCGCGAUGACCAGGGGUCGUGUAGACCUGCUGCAGGCUGCUGUUUUAUGUGCCAGCAGCAUCACCACAGCCUUUGUAGCUGCCCUGUCACUGGGCCUGGUGAUGGUGGGAGUGAUCAUUGGCUCAAGGAAGGUGGGCAUCAACCCUGACAACGUGGCCACGCCCAUCGCUGCCAGCCUGGGUGACCUCAUCACCCUCUCUCUGCUGGCUGGGGUCAGCAGCUUCCUCUUCCGGUUUAAAGAGAUGUGGUACCUGCCUGCUCUGGUGUGUGGCUUUUUCCUGGUUCUCAUUCCGCUGUGGGUGGUCAUUGCCCGGCACUCUCCUCCAGUCAGAGAGGUGCUGAGGUCUGGGUGGCAGCCCGUCAUCAUGGCCAUGUCCAUCAGCAGUAUUGGGGGCCUGAUACUGGAUAAGACAGUGAGCGACCCGAACUUUGAAGGCAUGGCGGUGUUCACUCCCGUAAUCAACGGUGUGGGAGGUAACCUGGUAGCCAUCCAAGCCAGCCGCAUCUCCACCUACCUACACUACUGGAGUAUGCCAGGGACCCUGCCCUUCCCGAUGACACAACACUGGCCUGGGCCCUGCCUGACCUUCUGCUCCUCAGGUCAGCAGUCAAAACACACUUCAACUUCAAACACACAGGAUGACACAACACUGGCCUGGGCCCUGCCUGACCUUCUGCUCCUCAGGGGUCAACUCCAAGUCAGCGAGGGUUCUAGUCUUCCUGGUAGUUCCGGGUCACCUGCUUUUCCUCUACACCAUCCACUUACUGAAUGGCGGCCAUGGCGCCCUCACGCCUGCCUUUGUCUGCCUCUACCUGUGUGCGGCCCUGCUACAGGUUGUGAUUCUGCUGUACCUGGCUGACCUGAUGGUGCGCUGGAUGUGGCGGAAGGGGCUGGACCCGGAUAACUACUCUAUCCCGUACCUCACGGCUCUGGGGGAUCUGUUGGGGACCGGCUUCCUGGCCCUGAGCUUCAGGGCCAUUCAAUCUAUACCAGCCCACCAUGUCUAGUGCGACUGAAAUUAAGAUAUAACAACGUGGCCUACACACUGUAGUUUCACAGGCCUCCGACAACCACCAAGCUUGACUUCACAUACGGUCUCUUGGCUCCACAGAAGCCCUGUUUAUGCCUGCCAUUAACAUGCGUCCUUCGUCCUGAUCUUGUCCAUUUACACUUAUAAGAUCUGAUCACAAUGUGUCUUUUAAAAGUCUACACAAUCAGAAUGUGGAAAAGAUCAGGGAAAAGGCGUCAUGUUAGAACCAGGUAUCAACAGGGCUUAAGAAAUGAAUGCUGCUAAGGGAGUACCUGUAUACUGUAGCUCGACAGUCUUUCAGCGCCCAGUUACCACAUAGAAGCUUCCUGUUGAGAUGUGACCGCUUUAAACGCUUUAAUGGUCUAAUGGUAAAUGCACUGUACUAAAGCAAUAAUAUUGUCUGCGCUUGUUUGUUUGCUGACUGUCUAUACAUUUAUCCUCAUGCUCAAAAAUGGUUGACUUGUGAGUUUAGUCACAAUAAAUGUACUAAAGCACUCACGGGAUAAACACUAUAAACCAAUAGAGGACAUGGGAUUAAUCCAUGUGUCACAAUUUCAAUGAUCGACCACUGCUAUUUUCAUUUGUGCCUCCAAACCAUUACUGUACAAACUAUGGGAGUCAUGUGGGGCCUUUUAAGUCAAUUAAUAUAUACUUUUAAAAACAGGCUUAAAUCAUCUUUGAUGCUCUGCAAUGACACAAACAAUAUAACAAUAUAAAGAUUUCAACAGUUAUAAUCAUGUUUUCAAUUGUACAGGACACAUGUUGACUUAGUAUGUAUGUUACUGUGUUAACAAUAGUCAGAUUGUACCUAGAGAGCACUUGCUCACUUGCUCUUAUUUUAGUAACCCAAUUUGUAUCAAUGUGUUCCAUUGUUGGAGUAAAACCAUUCACAUACAAUGCCUGUCUUCCAUUUUAUGACCCCACAUAUCUUACAGUAGAAUCAAUGCAUGUCAUGUGAUUUUACAAAACAGAUCAAUAAAAUGUGACCUCACCACCAGCAACAUUCAAACACGUCCUUGUGACAACCCUGCAU